AUGUCGCCUCCGAGUUAUCCUGAUAUCUCUAAGGCGGUUCGCGAGUUCCUUAGAAAAAACUAUAAUUUUGGAACAGCAUUUUUCUCCUUCAAAGGAAAUCAUGAUUUCGUAGACUUCACGACGCGCACAGACAGUUUGAUAGAUGCUCAAAAAACUUUUGGCACAAUAGAAUCGAAGCUUAAACUCGAAGAUUAUGGGUUUACUCUUAGUGAGAAGUGGAACACUAGAGAUGUUCUUUCUGCGGACCUUUCUUUCGAAGAUAAGAUUUUUGAUGGCUUAAAGCAAACGGUUAGGAUGACUUAUGAUGCUCUUUCUGGGCGUAAAAGGGCAUUUUUUAAAAAUAACUACAAGGGCACCGCGAUCAAUGCUCAGGUGGAUCUUGCUCUAAAGUCGGGUCCGCCGGAUGUUUCUGCUUCAUGUGUUAUUGGGUGCGGAACUACCAUUGAAAACUUUGUUUUUGCACUAAAUCAUAUUCAUCGUUCUAACUGUUUGAUUCGAAUUUUCUUCCUCGUUAUUAUGGGUCUUAACGUUUGA